AUGCCUGGCAUUAUUAGGGACGUCGAGGCCUUGAUAGGCGAACUCUCGCUGGAUGAGAAAGUGUGGUUGCUCGCAGGACAGGGUUCAUUCAAGACAACCGGGCUUCCAGAACGGGGAAUCCCACAGAUUGUGACAUCUGAUGGUCCACAUGGGAUCCGUGGCGUGCGGUCCUUUGAAAGAACACCAAGCGUAUUAUUUCCAUCCGCCACUGCAAUGGGCGCAACAUUUGAUGUCGAGCUCUUACGCCAGGUCGGGUCUCUGCUUGGACAGGAGGCACGGGUAAAGAGGGUACAUGUUCUCCUUGCCCCAACGGUGUGCCUGCAACGAUCACCACUCAUGGGUCGCAAUUUCGAAGCUUUUGGGGAGGACCCAAUUCUCAGUGGAUUGCUGGGUGAAGCUUAUAUCAAAGGCGUGCAAUCUCAAGGUGUUGGUACCAGCAUCAAGCACUAUGCUGCUCACGAUCAGUCCGACAACUCGAUCGAGGAUGAUGUCUUGAUGACAGAACGGACUCUUCGUGAGCUGCAUCUGCUGCCGUUUCAGCUUUCGUUCCGGAAUGAGCAUCCUUGGACGGUCAUGACUGCUUACAACAAGAUCAACGGCAUCCACGCCAGCGAAGACCCGUUGUUGUUGAAGACGAUUCUUCGCGACGAAUGGAAUUUCCAAGGCUUGGUCAUGAGUGAUUGGUGGGGUACAUACAGUACCUCAGAAGCUAUAAAUGCAGGUUUGGAUCUUGAAAUGCCGGGCCCGACCAUCUUUCGGGGAAAGGCAUUGAGUACCGCAGUCAACACACGCAAGGUUUCCACUGCGACUUUGGAUAGAGCAGUAAGGAAUUUGUUGAAUCUAGCGAACAAGGUAACGGUGUCUGCACCAGAUUCGCCUUUUAAUCCAUCAAGUGCAAACACGCCCGAAAACCGCACCUUUGUGCGCAAGGUUGUUGCCGACAGUAUCGUAUUGUUGAAGAACAAGCGGAAGAUACUGCCCAUCGUCCCUGAUCAAGCGAAGACAUACGGUCUCAUCGGGGACCACUUCAAAUACCCUGCAUUGAGUGGCGGAGGGAGUGCUGAAGUCGAUCCUUACUAUUCAAUCACCCCCUAUGAUGCCAUGGUCGAGGCUGUCGGGAAGAGCAACGUAACAUACCUUCCAGGGUGUCAUUCGUUUAAAUUCUGCCCCUUUAUUAAACGUCUCACAAGACCAGGCUCCAAGGACCGUGGCUGGACCGUUGAGGUGUUUUCAGAAGAUCCAGAGUCCACCCCAGAACCGAAACCAAUCUACACCACUGUCACGGAGAAGGAUCUGGUCGAUGUUCCAGAAAGCUUUCACAGCGUGUUCCCAGAAAAGUUCUUUGUACGAGCGCGGACGGUGUUCACGCCAGAAGCAUCGGCACGUUUUCGUUUUGGCUUUGGAGUCUCAGGCAAAGGAAAGCUCAAAAUUGAUGGAGAUCUGGCCAUCGAUCAGUGGACCAGCCAGUUGCCUAAGACAGAAAGUACAGCAUGCUUCAACAGGCUUUGCAUGGAUAAGUUCCACGAUCGAGACGUGCAAAAAGGGAAGCCUCUCCAGAUGGAGAUUGUUAUGGUGAAUGAGAAUGUCAGUGGAGGUGUGGGUACAGCACUUACACUUUGCGGUCGCUUGGGUGGGUAUGAAGUCUUUGACGAGGAUCAAGCGAUUCAAGAUGCAGCAAACCUCGCCAGAAGGGUCGAUGUGCCGAUAUUGGUGACUGGACUUUCAUCGGACUAUGAGUACGAAGCAGCCGACAGGAAGAACUUGAGGCUACCGCGCCGUGUAGACGAGCUAAUUCAGGCCGUGCUUGAAGCAAAUCCGGACACGAUCAUUGUCACUCAAUCUGGAAGCCCAAUCGAGAUGCCGUGGGAAGCGCAAGCAGACACCAUUGUUCACGCGUGGUUUGGUGGUCAGGAGGUAGGAAAUGGGCUGAUAGAUGUGCUUACUGGGAAGGUCAACCCAUCAGGCAGGCUGUCAUUGACGUUUCCCAAGUCGGUCAAACACAACCCGGCAUAUUUGACAUUUGGCAAAGCUGAUCGGGGUCUGAUGUACGGCGAGGGCGUGUUCAUCGGUCACCGGUAUUAUGAAAUGGUCGAACGGGAGCCAUUGUUUUACUUUGGCCAUGGCCUCUCAUACUCGACCUUUGAGUAUUCGGACUUGAUCGUGCCAGCAGAAUUUGAGCCUUUGGCGACGCACAAGAUGCAUAUCUCGGUCACGAUCACGAACAGGGGUCCAUACGACGGCGCCGAGGUCGUUCAGAUCUAUGUCCAUGACCCGGAAAGCUCUCUUCAAAGGCCAAUCAGAGAACUCAAAUCAUUUUCCAAACAGACACUAGGCGUUGGAGAAUCCCAGCUAGUGAGCUUGACCUUGGACAAGUAUGCUCUCUCGUUCUGGUGCGAGGAGAUAGGUCAAUGGAAGGCCGAAGCGGGGGAAUUUGUGGUAAUUCUUGCGAGGAGCUCGAAUCCCCAAGACGAGGUCAUCAGGAAGAGCUUCCAUUUACCCAAGACCUUCACUUGGAGUGGCGUUUGAUAUUGCAUCACGUCUGAGUCGCAUCAGUUCCCAGUAUAGACAAACAAUCAUGGGUAGCGAUAUUGUUGACAGCAUAUACGGUAGGGGUGGUGUUCAAUGUUGAUGAGGCGAAGAUGGGUAUCUAGUACUAGUCACGCAAGCUCAAGUGUAGGGCUUAUCGCAAUACACCAGAGCAUGACUGAUAG